AUGAUGCGAUAUACACGUGCUGAUAUUAGUACAUGCACAUAUGGACUGCGACUUUUGCUUUUUCAGACUGUUGCUUUAGUAGGAGAGAGUGGGAGUGGGAAGUCGACCGUAAUAGCUCUGCUGCAACGAUUUUAUGACCCCAAUUCUGGUCACAUUACCCUUGAUGGGAUCGAAAUUCAGAAGCUAAAGCUAAAGUGGUUUAGGCAGCAGAUGGGCCUCGUGAGCCAAGAACCGGUUCUGUUCAAAGACACAAUCCAUGCCAAUAUAGCCUAUGGAAAGGAUGGAAAGGCAACGGAAGCAGAAAUGUUGACUGCAUCAGAAGGUUAUGACACAUUAGUAGACGAGCAUGGAAUCCAGUUAUCUGGUGGGCAGAAGCAACGGGUGGCCAUUGCACGUGCUAUGGUGAAGGAUCCAAAGAUACUCUUACUCGACGAGGCUACUAGUGCAUUGGAUGCUGAAUCUGAAAGAGUGGUUCAAGAUGCAUUAGACAAGGUCAUGGUCAAUAGAACUGCAGUUAUACUCGCGCAUAGAUUAUCAACCAUUAAAAAUGCAGACGUGAUUCCGGUGGUAAAAAAUGGAGUGAUCGAGAAAGGAAAGCAUGACUCACUGAUUAAUAUCAAAGACGGUUUCUACGCAUUCUUGGUUGCUCUUAACAUGAGUGCAGCCUCAUUGUAA